CAAGUGUACCAAAUUCAUGUAAAUAGUUAAAACACAUGCCAUAAUUGAUCGAGCAUGUGUGUGUAUGAAUACUGAUUGCCGUUUAAUCAACGAUUUUAUCUAGGCAUAGUGGCAAUAUCGAUUCAGUUUAUCGUUUAAAAUAUACCCGAGUGGCAUACCUAGUUAUUUACGAUUACCGAAUAGGUGAAUGUAGAACUGUUAUAUAAAGUGCAAACGUCCAGUCAAGAUUCACUCGCUAUUUUCCUUUCGAGCGUGUCGCACAGAAGUCGCGUGUACAUUAUCUUUAUCGUUUUGAUCGAACGGUUACGAUGAGAAACGUUGCCUGCAAAGUUUUUAUUCUCGGAUUGUGUCUCGUUUUCGUUGCGGACCGCGGGGAAGGACACACCGACGAUUCUAAGAUAGUUAUCGAACCAGUAGUAGGGCCAUUCGAUCAUAGCGAGGGUCCUCACUGGGAUCACAGUUCUCAAAAACUCUAUUUUGUCGAUAUAGUGGCGCAAAAGAUAUGUAGGUUCGAUCCUGCAACGAAAGAUCAUGCCUGUGUUUAUAUAGAAAAUGGGCCUGUUGGAGUUACCGUUCCCGUCGAAGGUGAACCAAACAAGUUGGUGGCUGGUGCCGGUACCGAUUUCAUUCUAGUUACGUGGAACGGCGACAAAAACGUUUCAAGAGCCGCUCCCGAAACAUUAACGGUCGUGGAUCUCAACCGCAAUGGCACCAGAUGGAAUGACGGAAAGGUGGAUUCUUCGGGAAGAUUCUGGGGAGGCACGAUUGGUCCAGAGGUGAACGAUGUCGUUCUACCCGAUCAAGCAACUUUAUAUCGUAUCGAUUCGGAUCUACAUCCCAAGAAAAUGUUAUCUCCCGUUACAAACAGUAAUGGAUUAGCUUGGAAUCUUCAAGACGAUACGUUCUAUUAUAUCGAUACGCCUACGCGUGAAGUGGCAGCAUUUGACUUUGAUCCUAUCGAAGGGAAUAUAUCCAACAAGAGGAUUGCAUUUGACCUUCAGAAAAAUAACGCUUCCGGCUUGCCUGACGGUAUGACCAUAGACAGGGAUGGAAAUCUUUGGGUAGCUUUAUACAAUGGGGGUGCCGUGGUGAAUGUAAAUCCCCAUACUGGUUGUAUACUGAGAUAUGUGAGGCUACCUACUGAUAAAGUAACUAGUUGUACAUUUGGAGGCUCUGAUUUGGAUAUUUUGUACGUAACAACAUCCAGCCGUGGUUUAACUGCAAAGGAUUUAGCAAAACAACCACACGCUGGUUACGUCUUUGCCGUGCACGGUUUGAAAGUACACGGCUUGGUUGCAAAUUCGUUCAAGAUGAAAAUGUCAAAAGUAAUUAUCAAACCACUAGUAGGACCAUACACUCUUGGGGAAGGUCCACAUUGGGAUCAUGUUUCUAAGAAGUUGUAUUUUGUUGACAUAUUUGCUCAAAAAAUAUUCAGCUAUGAUCCUUUGACAAAUACUGUUACUUCAACCUUUGUAGAUAAUGGACCUGUUUCAUUUGUUAUUCCUUUAAAUGGCACUCAUGAUAAACUGCUAGUUGGAACUGGUAUUGAUGUAGCAGUGGUUACUUGGGAUGGAGAAAAAGAUCUUGCCAAAUGUAAUAGUCAAACACUGGACACUGCAGACAGUGAUCAUACAGAGACCAGAUGGAAUGAUGCAAAAGCAGAUUGUUCUGGAAGACUCUGGGGUGGAACAAUGAGCUUAGAGGAAAAUGGAGAAUUUCCACCCAACAAGGGAUCUCUCUUUUGUAUGGAGAAUGACCUUGUGCUGAAGAAACAAGUAGCUCCUGUAUCUAUAAGUAAUGGAUUAGCUUGGAGUCAUAAUGAAGACACAUUUUAUUACAUUGAUUCACUGAGUUAUCAGGUAGUGGCGUAUGAUUACAACUCUCAAACAGGAGCUAUAUCUAAUAAGAGAACCAUCUUCGACUUGCGGGAACAGAAUAUUCCUGGACUUCCGGAUGGUAUGACUAUAGAUACAGAUGGGAAUCUUUGGGUUGCUGUAUAUGGUGGAGGUGGUGUAAUGCAAAUAAACCCGGAAACGGGUAAAUUGUUAAAGUUUAUCAAGAUUAACAACGCAAAAAAUAUAACCAGUGUAGCAUUUGGUGAUGCUGAAUUAGAUACCUUAUACGUAACAACAGCGCGGAUAGGUUUAGAUGAACAUCAAUUAAAAGAGCAACCAUAUGCUGGUUAUUUGUUUAGUAUAAAAGGUUUAGGCGUACGUGGUUUACGUGCGAAUUCAUUUAAACUGCCAGAUAAAUUUAACAUAGAUGAAAUUAAAUAAAUAUUCUACAGAUGUACAAAUAUAUAAAACACAUUCCUAUAGUAAUAAAUCAUUAGAGUAACAAAUGACACAAUGUGUAAUGUACACACACAUAACAAUGUCGCAGUUUAUAAUAAUUCUU